AUGCCCUCUCGUACUUUUAUAUCACAGGAAGAAAAGUCUAUGCCUGGAUUUAAAGCGGCUAAAGAUCGUUUGACGUUGUUAUUGGGUUCGAAUGUUGAAGGUGAUCUUAAAUUGAAACCCCUUUUAGUUUAUAGGUCUGAAAAUCCUCGAGCUCUCAAAAAUUACGUCAAGAGUACUCUUCCAGUUAUAUGGAAGGCUAAUCCAAAGGCAUGGGUUACAUCAAUACUUUUUGAAGAAUGGUUUACUAAGCAUUUUAUACCUGAAGUGAAACAGUACUGUUCAAACAAUAAUUUGGCUUAUAAAGCUUUACUUAUUUUGGACAAUGCUCCCGGCCAUCCUGUGCGUAUUGCCGAUAUUGAUCCUCAAAUCAAAGUCGUGUUCCUGCCUCCCAACACCACUUCGUUGUUACAGCCGAUGGAUCAAGGAGUUAUCGCGUCUUUUAAGGCCUAUUAUCUCAGGAGAACUUUUUCACAGGCUGUAAAGGCUAAUGAAAAUGAUGGCAUGGAGCUGAGAGAUUUUCGGAAAAGUUAUAAUAUCCUGCAAUGCGUAAAAAAUAUUGCUACUUCAUGGGAUGAGGUGACACCCAACAAUUUAAAAGGAGUGUGGAAAAAAUUAUGCCCAUUUUUUUUUGAGCCAUCUGAAAGUUCUACAUCUACAGAUCAACCAAAUGUCGAUGAGAUCACAACUGACAUUGUUCAUUUGGCUAACCGUUUGCCUGACAUUGCAGUUACUACUGAUGAUAUUGAUGAUCUGUUAAGCUCACAUUCGCAAGAACUGACUGAUGAAGAUCUUAUUGAAUUGGAGGCACAAGUACAAAAGGAAGCACUCGAGUCACAAGAAAUAGCUUCUUCUAUUAGUGACUCUGAAAAAGAACUUACACUAAAAAAACUUUCCGUAGCCUUUGCAAAUUUGAAGAAUGCCAUGAAAAUUUUUGAAGAAAUUGAUCCUAAUUUUGAGAGAAGUUUUAACGUUAAUAACAAAAUUUGUGCAGCCUAUCACUGUUACCAAGAUCUGUAUGAUAGCAAGAAGAAAGAAGCCAAGCAAUCUAGAAUUGAUAGUUUCUUUAAGCCAAAAGUUUAA